AUGUUUGUACCAGUUAAAUCUGAUGAAGAAAUAAGUAAAGCAGAGUACUUGGGGUAUUUCAGAACCAGAAUGGACAGAAACAUUCGGACAAAGAUCGUUUUUAAACUUUACGUGUUGGCUUCUAUCAUAAUAAGAUCAGUAAAGUUACUGUUUAGCAUAUUCAUGAUUUCUAAAUAUCGACUAUAUAACACCAAAUAUGGAUUCACCUUUAACCGUGCUUUAUACAUAACACGGCAUAAUAACAUAAUAGAGGAUGUACUUUUGGAGAUUACUAAUAGUAUAGAAUGUGAUGAAAUCCUAUCAUCAAUGGUACUCAUCCUGUUUUCCCAUGGUAACAGGGGAAUUACGAGAAUUUCUGAUCUAAUAGUGGGUGAAAAGGGUGGUUUGACAAAGGGUCUCAAGUGCCAUACUUGUAUACCAGAGAAUUCCAUUUUAAGCAAUUACCACAUUUCUGAACAAUUAGUUUUACAAAAGAUAAAGAAAACUGUGACCUUUGAUGAUAAUAUAGAAAUACACUUUAUAUCUGCCAGAUCAUAUGGAAGUUUUGGUUGCAAUUAUAUUGAAAGCAGUAUAGAUUUUAAUCCAAAAUUCACAAUUCCAAGUCAUAAUUGA